AUGAAACGUCUUCUUGCCCAUUUCCCAACCAUCUUGGCCAUCUAUUGUUUCUGCAUGCUACAGAUUCCCUCCUCAGGAUUUCCUCGACAUUUAGCUGAUCCUCCAGGUGGCUUGGAUGUUGUGCAGCUUGAGCGGCUGGCAUAUUGGGCAACUCUUUCUAGACAACCCAAGGAUGAUCAAGACAUCUGCAAAAGGUUUCUAUUUCACUACUCCAGAAACCAGGAGCCGACACAUCCAGUUAAAACUGGGUUUCGUCCUGUGCACCCUCUAAUGCGUCUGGCUGCGAAGCUCACGAACCGCAGGAUGAAAAGAUUUCGCCAGCGCGAUUCGGGGGCUGCUGCAGCAGAUUUUACCAAGAAGGAUCACACUGCCACGUUGGGAAGACCGUUUUUCCUUUUCAGGCCAAGGAAUGGAAGAAACCUUGACAUUAACAUCUGGUAGGACAGGCGAAGGUCAGCCUCACUGCGGCAAGUCUCCUCCAAGAGAAUGUUAUGUGUCUGAUGUGGGGGAGUGAGAAGGGUGACAGUUUCAAGAAAUGGGGACCAUGUGGAACCCCUGGGGACCUCUGCCCCUCCCUUUCCUGCCCUCAGCACCACCAAGAACCCCCACCCACAGCCUGGCAUUGCCCCAAACAAUCAGCCUUCCCUUUCGCGCUGGCUCCUUUUCAGGUGUGCUGUCCCCAGCAGCAGCUGUGAGGGGACAAAGGCUCCACAGCUUGUGUGACUUCUCACCUGGCUCUUUUGAGGAGGAAACUCCACACUGGCAUGCUUGGGGCGAGGGGUUCUCUGUAGUAGAAACACUUCCCAGUACAGCCAGGCAAGGCCCCUCCCUCCAUUCAAUGAUGCUCUGACCCAGAGGUUAAAUCUGGGGAGAUUGUUGGCCUUCUGGCCAUUGGCGGUGGAUGUCCCUGCUCAUGGGCAGCUCUGGGACUCCUGUCACUCAUGGUGAUGUAGUCCCAAGGACAUGAGGCCGCUGUCCCCAACCAGGGCCCUGGCAGAUCAAGGUACGUGAGAAACUGUCUACAGAAGCACAGCCGCUCAGGCCAAGCCAGGGAAGAUAUUCCCUGGGACCACAGGUCUCAC